UGCUGCCGCUGCUGCUGCUCCCCGCCGCCGGGCCGGCCCAGUUCCACGGGGAAAAGGGCAUCUCCAUACCGGACCACGGCUUCUGCCAGCCCAUCUCCAUCCCUCUGUGCACGGACAUCGCGUACAACCAGACCAUCAUGCCCAACCUUCUGGGCCACACGAACCAGGAGGACGCGGGCCUGGAGGUGCACCAGUUCUACCCGCUGGUGAAAGUGCAGUGCUCGCCAGAACUGCGCUUCUUCCUGUGUUCCAUGUACGCGCCGGUGUGCACCGUGCUGGAGCAGGCCAUCCCGCCGUGCCGCUCCAUCUGCGAGCGCGCGCGCCAGGGCUGCGAGGCGCUCAUGAACAAGUUCGGCUUCCAGUGGCCCGAGCGGCUGCGCUGCGAGCACUUUCCGCGCCACGGCGCCGAGCAGAUCUGCGUGGGCCAGAACCACUCCGAGGACGGCUCCCCCGCGCUGCUCACCACCGCGCCGCCGCCGGGCCUGCAGCCGGGCGCGGGCGGCACCCCAGGCGGCCCGGGCGGCGGCGUGCCCCCGCGCUAUGCCACGCUGGAGCAUCCGUUCCACUGCCCGCGCGUCCUCAAGGUGCCGUCCUAUCUCAGCUAUAAGUUCCUCGGCGAGCGUGACUGCGCGGCGCCCUGCGAGCCCGCGCGGCCCGACGGCUCCAUGUUCUUCUCGCAGGAGGAGACACGCUUUGCGCGUCUCUGGAUCCUCACCUGGUCAGUGCUGUGCUGUGCCUCCACUUUCUUCACGGUCACCACGUACCUGGUGGACAUGCAGCGCUUCCGCUACCCUGAGCGGCCCAUCAUUUUCCUGUCGGGUUGCUACACCAUGGUGUCCGUGGCCUAUAUCGCAGGCUUCGUGCUGCAGGAACGCGUGGUGUGCAACGAGCGCUUCUCGGAGGACGGCUACCGCACCGUGGUGCAGGGCACCAAGAAGGAGGGCUGCACCAUUCUCUUCAUGAUGCUGUACUUCUUCAGCAUGGCCAGCUCCAUCUGGUGGGUCAUCCUCUCGCUCACCUGGUUCCUGGCAGCCGGCAUGAAGUGGGGCCACGAAGCCAUCGAGGCCAAUUCGCAGUACUUCCACCUGGCCGCGUGGGCCGUGCCGGCCGUCAAGACCAUCACCAUCCUGGCCAUGGGCCAGAUCGACGGCGACCUGCUGAGCGGCGUGUGCUUCGUGGGCCUCAACAGCCUGGACCCGCUGCGCGGCUUUGUGCUCGCGCCGCUCUUCGUGUACCUGUUCAUCGGCACGUCCUUCCUCCUGGCGGGCUUCGUGUCGCUCUUCCGCAUCCGCACCAUCAUGAAGCACGACGGCACCAAGACGGAGAAGCUGGAGCGGCUCAUGGUGCGCAUCGGCGUCUUCUGGGUGCUUUACACGGUGCCUGCCACCAUCGUGCUGGCGUGCUACUUCUACGAGCAGGCCUUCCGCGAGCACUGGGAGCGCUCGUGGGUCAGCCAGCACUGCAAGAGCCUGGCCAUCCCGUGCCCGGCGCACUACACGCCGCGCAUGUCGCCCGACUUCACCGUCUACAUGAUCAAAUACCUCAUGACGCUCAUCGUGGGCAUCACCUCGGGCUUCUGGAUCUGGUCCGGCAAGACGCUGCACUCGUGGCGAAAGUUCUACACCCGCCUCACCAACAGCCGGCACGGCGAGACCACCGUGUGAGGGGGGUGGCCCUGCGAUGCGCCCCGCGUCGGGGGGACGCACGGCGCGUUCCUCUGCCCAGCUGGCCCCUACAGACUCUUAUUUUAUUUUUUUAAAUAAAGAACAAUCGAAACCAUCUGGGUUUUUUUGUUGUUGUUGUUUUUUAGGUCUCUUUUUAAAGAGAACUCUACCCAA